AUGGCUAGAGAAAAUUCCACUCUCCCCAUCUGUUUCUUCAAGAUCAUUCUUCAAACCAAUCUUCAAACUAUUAAAAUACCGAACAAGUUUACAAGGAGCCACGGAGCUGGUCUACCAAAUCCAGUGUUGAUCAAGCCUCCUGAUGGCACUAAAUGGAAAAUGUUUUGGAAAAACAUCAAUGGUGACAUUUGGUUUCAAAAGGGUUGGAAAUUGUUUACUCAAAAUUACUCUCUACAGCAUGGUUGCUUGGUUGUGUUUAAAUAUAAAGAAGGAACUUCAGAGUUAGAUGUAGUAAUAAUUGCCCAGAAUGGAGUAGAAAUUGAUUAUGAUUCUUCAUGUCACACUUUGGAUGAUGAUUAUGAAAACCUUGACCAUAGUGAUAAUGAAUCAGUUGAGAUUUUGAAUGAAUGGCAUUAUCCGAAGAAGGCUAAACAUCGCUCAACAUUAGCUUCUACUAGACCACAUAAAAAAGUUAAAGGUGAGAUUGAGAGGACUAGUCAAAGAACUUCAUCAUUGAAUAGGCCAAAGGAAUCUAGAGCUCGAGAAGUAGCUGAAGAAUUUAUCUCAAGCAAUCCCUUUUUCACAAUUUCGAUCAACCCUACUAACCUGGCAGCAAAUCGUCUGACUGUGCCAAAUUUAAAUGGGGUUAUUGAGAAGAAGAAGACAACCGUGAAAGUGGAGAUUGGUAACAGAUCAUGGAAUCUGAAUUUGCUUGGUUGUUACAAUAAUAAAAGUGGCCGUCAUCUUUCGGCUGGUUGGUCGUCUUUUGCAAGGGAAAGUGGAGUGCAACCGGGAGAUGUUUGUGUCUUCGAACUGAUAAACAAGGAAGAUUUAGUUUUUAAAGUUCAUGUUUUCCAUCAGGACUGUUAA